AUGGCUCCCGAAAAAGAUGUAGUCCAAUCCGCCAAAGACAAAGAAAGGAUGGAACAGAUGCGAGCUGCCUUCGCAAUAUGGACGAUUCCCAAGGCGAAGACACCAACGGAGCCUGAACAAUCACCCACUCCCACACUCAAUACACCAGCAAAACCAGAAGGAUCGAUGACUGAUGCCAAAGACAAUGUCCAAGAGCCUCUCAUGAAAGAGGAGGACAAGAAUUCAGGAGCGGCAGUCAAUGACGACUCUCGUACAUUUUCGCCUGAUGUCUCUCUAUAUACUCAAGAGAAUGGAGAGAUGCUUCCACUAUCCGCAGCAAAUCUUGUGAGAAACACAGAAGAAGAAGAGAAGCGUUUACUAGCUCGCACGGAGAAUUUAUACAGUCUCGACGCUCUCGAAAUGAAAGGAGUUAUACUCACCAAGAGGAUCAAGAAGUGGCUUAAGCAAGCAGAUCCUGAAGGUUGCAAAGAAGACACCGAAUCUGAGGGUUUUCGCAGCGGGGAUGGAAAUAUUAAAGGAGGGGUCAAGCUCUCUUUAGAAGAUGUCGUGCAGGAACAGUAUACAGAUACCGCAAGCUCCAACCCAUACAUCAUGGAGCGCACUCAGAGAGUCGCCGCUGCAAAGGAGAGGAUCACUAUCCUAAAAUGCAGGAACAAGAUUCGACCCGGAACAUUCUUCUUGUUGCGCCAUGCUAUGCACAUUGAUGCAGCAGAACUGGCUGGAGUUGUCAACUCGUACGUUAGUUGCUCCGCACAUACCCUCGAAUCGAAGCCAGUUUCAGUGCACGAUAUCUACCAACGCAUUGACGAUUCGCGAAAUCAGGAACUCCCAUUCAUUGUUGCUAUAAAGCAAUCGACAGAAAAGGACUAUGACAGUCGCGUGCCAUGGGGCGAGGUUCUGGGCUUCGUGCGUCUUACCAAUUUCAUGCAAGGCCAGCCUGCAGUCGCCAGUGCCGCUCAAAUUGAGAUCAUGGUUGCCCAAGAUAGCAAGGGUCAAAAGGUCGGCCGUUGCCUAAUGGACGCGAUGCUGACAAUCGCUGACCCGGGCUAUUCUCCCAAAGGAGGAUAUCUGUUCGACAGCAAUACACCCAACGACACCAUGAUCAACGGCGCAUCCUGGAGUUGUCGCCCAUUGUCUAAUAUAGUGGCAAUGAUGAGUUACACCAAUGAAGAAAAGUCCAGAUGCCAGAUGAUCAAGCAGUGGCUCAUGAAGGAACACAAAUUCUCUGAGAGGGGAGAUCUGCCACAUGUCGGACAGAAAUUGGGACAACAAAUCAACAUCAGCCUGCUUGUCCGAGAGAUCUCAACUUCGACAUAG